AUGGAUACCGAACAUCUUUCUCAACCUACCCUUCCGGAUACCGGUGGGAAUGAGGCCAUACAAAGCCAAGGCAAAAUGGGAUUCCGGCCGAGGCGAGCCAAAUGGGCUUGCUUUGCUUGCCACAAACGAAAAGUGCGUUGCGACGCCCUAAAUCAAGGCACCUCGUGCACCAAUUGCAAACUUGAUAUGAAGGAAUGCGUUGCUCCACCGAGGAGGAAAAAGGCAGCCUCAAGCAAAUAUAUGCCUAGUGCUAAAACGCCACUGUCACAACACUCCCCAGACCCUACGUGCAACGUCCAGUCAAAUAGCACCGGUGUAUCACAAAAAAGGAAAACCGAGCCUCGAAGUUUGGGUUCACGUACCAAUCCAAAAAGACAACGUCCUGAGGAAGACUCACACAAUGUGAACAAUGAAGUCGGGCGUUGGAUGGAUAUGUUACCGCCAAGCGUCUUAGAACAGCUCGAGCUUCGUUCUACCAAACACAGUUCGAGGCCUCAUCGAGAAACCAUUGAACUCAAGGAACAGUUCCACCACCAAUGCUCUGAAAAGUUACUCCAGGCUGUUGACAUCUUGACUGAAGUCAUCAUCAUGCACAAUGCGCUCUCAGCACACGGGCCAUCCGUCCCCAUCGCUUAUCCGGCUGAGAGUUGCACGUCCGAAAAACAAUCAGAUACGAAAGAAAACAUGGACUAUUCUUCGCCCUGUCAGGUUGGGGAGAACAUAUGGGACGCCGAGAAGACUGUGGAUGAAGGUUUGGCUUUGACUCCCGAGUCCCUCGAAUAUGUGGCUGGGUCGAACUUCAAUAUUUGGUUGGAAUUGAACGACUUUGACCUUGAAGGUCCUUCAUCGCUGGGUUUAUACGAUGCCGAAGAAGCUGGGUCCUGGAGGUCGUCUCAAUAA